AUGAAAUAGUAUACUAAUUACAGAUACUUUGAUUAAUUGAGAUACUCCAAUUUGAAAUGUAAGGAGUUGGUUUAAUAGGAAUCACCUAAUAGAACAUUUGCUAACCUGAAGCCAAAAAGGACUGAAAUGGAUAAAAAAAUUAGAUACAAUAGAUAUAUGGGUAUUGGCGCUUCUGAGAGUUUAGAAAAAUUGUGCAGCGAGAAUGAAUUUAGAUAUGCAAUAGUCAGACAAAGAUUAGUUAGAUAUUCACUUUUUGAUAUGUGA